CUCGUGAACGUCAUCAGCUUCACGACACAUUAAUCCGCGUAGUGUUCUAGUCACUAGCAAACAAGAGAGAGCUUUUGUGUCUCAACCCUACCUCAAAAGAAUUCCUCAUCCUCAUCUCUCGCACCUCUCUGCGGGUAGCGCGAGCCACACAGUACAGCCAUGGCCAGCGACGAUCAGCGGGGGCUACAUUAUGAACAAACGUUGAUGUAUGGUCGCUACACACAGGAGUUGGGGGCGUAUGCUAAAGAAGAGGCAGCUCGUCUGAGGGAGGAGGGGGUGCGGAGGCCCUCGGUCACAGAACGCUCACGCUCCCUGGAACUUCUGGAGAAUGACAAGGGCUGCUGUGCCAAGUGUCGCAUCUGUACGGUGCGCUGUCAGAAGUUCCUCAUCUCUUGUGUUGGUGAAGACUGGAUCUUCCUCAUCCUCCUGGGUCUAUUCAUGGCUCUACUCAGCUGGCUGGUCGACUUUGGUAUCGGCAUCUGUCUACAAUCACAGAAGUGGAUGUAUGUGAACCUGGAGAGUAAUGUGUUUCUCCAGUACCUAGCCUGGGUCACCUACCCUGUGGUGCUCAUCACCUUCUCAGCUGGCUUCACACAGCUACUGGCCCCACAGGCCGUAGGUUCAGGUAUCCCAGAGAUUAAGACCAUUCUGAGGGGUGUAGUGCUGAAAGAAUGCCUCACCUUUAAAACCUUUGUGGCCAAAGUCAUCGGCCUCACCUCUGCCCUGGGCAGUGGCAUGCCUCUGGGCAAGGAGAGUCCGUUUGUUCACAUUGCCAGUCUUGGUGCUGCACUUCUCUGCAAGUUCAUGUCUCUGUUUGGAGGAAUCUAUGAGAAUGAGUCGAGGAACAUUGAGCUGUUAUCAGUUGCCUGUGCUGUGGGGGUGAGCUGUGUUUUCGCUGCCCCUAUAGGAGGUUUGCUGUUCAGUAUUGAGGCAAUGUCUACUUUCUUCACUGUGAGGAACUACUGGAGAGGGUUCUUCGCUGCUACCGUCACUGCCUUCAUGUACAGAGUUCUGGCCGUGUGGAACAGAGACGAGGUGACCAUCACAGCUCUGUUGCCAACCAAUUUCCGUCAGGACUUCCCCUUUGACCUCCAGGAGCUCCCAGCCUUCGCUGUCCUUGGUAUUGCCAGUGGUCUUGGCGGGGCGUUGUUUGUCUGCCUGAACAGACAGAUAGUCCAGUUAAUCAGGAACCAGAAGACCAUCAAAAAGUUUCUCAUGAAGAAGCGUCUGCUGUACCCAGCCCUGGUCACUCUGCUUGUGUCUACGCUAACGUUUCCCCCAGGCUUCGGACAGUUCAUGGCAGCCAAGCUGACCCAGAUGGAGUCCCUGGAGACGUUGCUAGACAACCAGACAUGGUCUAAGCAGGGCAUACCCGAGGAGUUUGACAGCAACAGCCUCUCCCAGGCCUGGAAACACCCCCAGGUCAACGUCUUCGUCACCCUCACCCUCUUUGUCGUCAUGAAGUUCUGGAUGUCUGCUCUGGCCAUGACCAUGCCUGUGCCCUGUGGAGCCUUCAUGCCUGUCUUCGUCAUUGGGGCAGCGUUUGGCCGUCUGGUCGGGGAGAGCAUGGCCGCCUGGUUCCCUGAUGGUGUCCACUCUGAUGGCACCAUCUACCCCAUAGAGCCAGGAGUGUACGCAGCCGUAGGUGCGGCGGCCCUGUCUGGAGCAGUCACUCACACAGUGUCGACGGCAGUUGUUGUGUUUGAACUGACGGGUCAGAUCAGCCACAUCCUGCCGGUGAUGAUAGCGGUGAUACUGGCCAACGCCGUGGCCCAGUCCCUCCAGCCCUCGCUAUAUGACUCCCUCAUCAUGAUCAAGAAACUACCGUACCUCCCUGAACUGGGCUGGGGACACCACGAGAAGUAUAAUAUUUGUGUGGAGGACAUCAUGAUCAGGGAUGUGAUGUACAUCACCCUCAACUGCUGCUACAGAGACCUGCAUGAUGUACUGCUGACUGGACACCUCAAGACCCUAGCCCUGCUCGAGUCCAGUGAGUCGAUGAUCCUGCUGGGUUCUAUUGAGCGUGCCCAGAUCCAGGCCCUCCUAUCCCUACAGCUAGGCCGGCCACGGAGACUGAAGUACCUGAGAGACCGUGCCACAGCUGAGAAGCGCCUGUCGGUGGGCUCCCACCCGGGCAGCGAGGACGGCUCCACCAUGGUCAACCAGGAGGUCCACUUCCAGGUCAAUAAGAUCUCCACAGAGGAGACUUCCCUCAGUUCCACCCCUACCCCCUCCAUGAAGCCACUGAAGCCGGCCCUGAAGAGACCCUCUGUGGUGGACUGCCCUACUGAGAUACCCAUGCCCACAAGUCCACAGGACCACUCAGGCAGCACCUUAAAGAACCUAUUCCGUGUCAGACCUGAUAUAGAAGGCCUGGAGGAUGACUUCCAUGUGGAUGAUGACAUGACCAUCAGAGAGAUUGCAGAGUGGGAGGAGAACCAGCUUGACGAGCAGGUGAACUUUGACAACUGCAUGAUCGACCCCGCCCCCAUCCAACUGGUGGAGAGCACCUCACUACAUAAGACCCACACCAUCUUUUCUCUGCUGGGGUUGGACCAUGCCUACGUCACCAGCAUUGGACGACUCAUCGGAGUGGUGUCCCUCAAAGAGCUGCAGAAGGCCAUCGAGGGCUCUGUGGCAGUGAAGGGGGUGAAUGUGCGCCCCCCUCUGGCCAGUUUCCGGGACAGCGGCACCAGUGGCACCAUUAUGAACAACGAGAACAAGGCCAGAGAUCUCCACAAGCUGUGGAACCGCCGAAAGUUGAUGUCCCUCCCCCAGGAGCAUCGAGCCUCCGACUCUGACGAGAAGUCCAAGUGAGGUGGACUGGGAUAGGUUGACGGGGAUGGGGACGAUGAUGCGGACAGGUGGACGGGGAUGGGGACAGGUGACACAGGGAUGGGGACGGAUGUGUUGGCGAGGAGCAUUGACCCCCCCCCCCCCCCCCCCCCCGAACUCAAAACCACAACCAAUGCUGCAAACUCAUGGCUUGGAUCAAUAUUUAAUUCUGGACUAUAGAGGGAUGGGUUAAGGUGUCACUGCUUAACAAAGGUGAUCAAAGCAAAAUGUAUAGAAUAUGUGUGUUUUGACUAUAAAAGGAAUUGCAUUUUUAGACAAAUUUUGCAGACUUGGUUAUUGGUCUGACUUUGAGAGGAAAUUUAAAAAAGAAAAUCCUAUGUGUAGCACCUUCUCAGAAAAUACAGUCUCAAACACACACGCACAAGUUUUAAUAAGAGCCAGUCUGCACACUC